AUCGCCUUCAUUGGCCUUCAUAGUGGUUAGUUGCAGUGGUUAAAGAACGUUUGGUUCAGUAUUCAGUAGUGCUGCGACAACGAUAGCGGUAGUGUUAAUGAUGAAUGAAUAAGCCAUUUAAUAUAAGAGACGUAUUAGUUCUGUUAGUAUUUAAUAUUUUAUGUGUAUAAUUUGAAAAUAUGAAGCAUGAGGUAAAAAAGAAAUAAGUAUCGCGUAAAUUAAUAAUUUAUAUUAAUCAUCAAACUGAUUUGUUGCAUUGAGGUUUUAUAUACUUAAAUUUGCUGAAUUCCUGGGAAAUAUGGAUAUGUUUGGUCUUCAUCAAUUCGUUGCAGCACCAAUAAAAAAUCUUUUUCGAUUUCAACGCAUUAAAGAUAGAAUUAAAACUUUGCAUGCAUUGGAAAUUUUAAUUGGGCCUAUUUAAAUGAAAUGCAUUGCUAUUCUGCUUAUAAAUGGACAAAGAAGUAAUUUCAUCAAGUAAUGUUAUCUAUAGAAGAUCCAAUUUGUAUGGAUACUGAACUAUUAAAUCUUUACAAUGUUUUGGAAUAUAUGGAACGUGUAUUAUCAUCAAAUAAUAAAAUGGAUGAAUCCUCCAGCAUGUAGUAACGAAGCAUAUAUACCUACUUCUGUAGAACACAUGGCAAAUGUAGCUACUCAUGGGAUUUGGGUUGUACCAUCAGUUAUAGGUAGCUUGGAAUUGGUUCGCCGCUCUAUGACAUGGACCCAAUUAGUAUCAGCUUAUGUAUAUGGCACAUCCUUGAUUCUUAUUUUUACGGUCUCAACGUUUUUCCAUAGUGUACAUUACUGCAAUAAUAACAGACACCUUAAAGAAAUACUUCAUCGUUGUGAUCGUGCCAUGAUUUACAUUUUUAUUGCUGCUAGUUAUUUUCCUUGGUUAAAUGUAAAUCACUUCCCAAAUGAUGAAUUAUUAUUUACAAUGCGUUAUGCUGUUUGGAUUAUGGCAAUAUUGGGUAUAGUGUAUCAACAAAUCUUCCAUGAACAAUAUAAAAUGUUAGAAACAAUUUUUUAUUUAAUUAUAGGAAUUGGUCCUAGUUAUGCAAUUAUUAAUGCAUAUCAUCAAUAUAACAUUACUGAAUUAAAAUUGGGAGGACUGUUUUAUAUUUUUGGCAUUGCGUUUUUUAAAUCUGAUGGAAGAAUACCAUGUGCACAUGCAAUUUGGCACCUUUUUGUUGCUGUAGCAGCUGGUUUUCAUUAUUAUGCCAUACUAAAUCAUGUCUUUCCUGCAGUCUGUCUGUCAAAUAAUUUUAUGACAGCAGAUGUAUCAUCAUUACCAAAACUGUUAAAAUGUCAUAUUGAUGACUUAUAAAAUCGAAUUUUUUAUUAUAUUAAUUUUGUAUCACAUCAAAAUUUUACAAAUGAGAAUUUUUAACAUAAAAUUGAUAAAAUGGACACAUAGAGGACAUAUGUAUGAAGGUUAACUACGUUUUUUUACGCCUGUUAUUUUCUUUAAUACGUACAUUUUACUUAGCUUCACUGGAUUGUAUUCCCAAUAUGGUUGAUUUGUCAAUAUUAUAUUCUGAUGACAAAGUUGAUUCGCCCAUUUUCAGUCGUUUGAGGAUAUUAUGUUUUUUUACCAAGAUUUAGUAUUAUUCUCUUUCCAAGAUAUAUUGCCAAAAUAUAGAUACAUUAAAUUUUUUUCAAUAAUUUGAGCCAAUUUUGAGCUUCAUUGUUAUAUAGUAUCGUCUCAGUAAUGUGUUCAUAUUCCUUCAAUGGGACAUAUGAAAUAUGUUCUGAAUACGACAAAUAGCUAGAUAAUAAAUAAUAGAAGAUCAGCUACAAGUUCAAAUAUCUGAAACUGAGUUAUUAACUUGUAUCUGUAAACAAAGUGUGAUAAAUGAAGAUAAACAAAGCUCUACUUUAUAUAUGUACUUUCUAUAUAAUAAUUUGAAUUUAUAUAAAAAGUAUGAUAGCGAACCCAAGUUUGUAUAAUAAGUCAACAUGUUAGUUAAAUUAGAGACUGACAAAAUUUGUUCAGAUAAAUGGAAUCCUAUUGUAAUAGUAAAUGAUGCCUAACAUUUUAGUAUAAAUUAUUUACUUCCUGUAUAGCAUAUAUUUGUAUAGCAAUUAUU